AUGGCGAUGAAUCUGAUUAUUGAAGAUGCCAUUGGCAAAGUUAUUUCCAGAUAUGCCCAAGUCACCUUAGGAGCGGAUUUAACGAGCUUUACAGAGAAUGAAAAAAUUGCAAUUUCUCGAUUGGUUGCUGCUGGAAAAUUGAUCGAUAGGAUCUACCUUCGUCAAAAAUGGAAGGGUAACGAGGCUCUACUCGACCAACUCCAAAACGCCAAGGACAAAAGAUCACUUUUAGUAUUUGAUUUAUUGAAAGGUCCAUGGGAUCGUGAUGAAGGUUUGGUCAUAUCCGAUCCUCCAAACCUUCCAGUUCACAAACCCGAGGGGGGAAAUUUUUAUCCUGAAGAUAUGACAAAAGAAGAAUUCGAAUCAUGGGUUAGAACUCUUGAGCCAGAACAACAAGCUAAAGCCAAAGGAUUUUAUCAUGUCGUUAAGCGAAAAGAGCCACGAGGCGAACUGUAUUUGAGUCCUUAUUCCGACGAAUAUAAAGAUUUAUUAAGCGAAAUAGCAGGAUUGUUAAAAGAAAGUUCAAAAUUAGUCGAAGAUGAAUCUUUGAGCCAAUUUUUAAGAACAAGGGCUGAAGCAUUUUUGAAUAACGAAUAUUUGGAAAGUGAAGUUGAUUGGCUGAACAUCAGCAAAGAAAGCCGCCUUGAAGUUACUGUGGGACCUUAUGAAGUAUAUACGGAUGAACUAUUCUCCGCAAAAAGUGCUUUUGAAUUUUACAUCCAUGCACGAGACUUUGAAUUUUCUAAAGUCUUGGAGAAGUUUUCUAAUAGUUUACAAGAAGUAGAAAAUAAUCUACCUGUACCACCUAAAUAUAAAAACAGUGAUUUGAAAACCACUCCAAUUGUUGUGGUAAAUGAAUUGUACGCUGCUGGCGAUGUUGCAGUUCCUAUGACUGCCGCAUACAAUCUUCCCAAUGAUGAAGAAGCUAUUAAACGCGGAGGGUCAAAAUUAGUUAUCAUUAAGAAUGUACAAGAAGGAAAAUAUCAUAGUAUUUUGGAACCAAUCGCCAGAUUAACCGUAGCCGAAAAUCAGCUUCAACAUUUGUCGUUUGACGCAUUCUUUACACACAUUCUCCUCCAUGAAAUAGCCCACUCUAACGGACCACACUAUACAGUUGGACCUAAUCCGGUUACAGUCAGAUCGCGUUUACAAGAAUAUCAUUCUGCGAUCGAAGAAGCCAAAGCUGAUAUAACUGGUUUAUUCGCCGCUGCUCAUUUACUCAAAAUUGGACUUUUAACCGAACCAUCAAUUCAACAAUUUUAUGUAACAUAUCUUGCUUCAGCGUUUAGAUCUGUUCGAUUCGGCACAAAAGAGGCACAUGGUUUGGGCCAAUGUAUACAAUUAAACUAUAUUUUAUCACAAGGCGGAUUCAUAUAUGAUCCCAUGACCGCACGUUUCAGUGUCAAUUUUGACACUGUCAUAUCUGCAGUUUCUAAUUUAACAAGGGACAUAUUAAUAUUACAAGGAGACGGUGACAAAAAACGCGUAAAGGAAUUUGUAGAUACGUAUGGUGAAGUGAGAAAAGAAGUUAAAGAAGCACUGAAUAAAUUAGAACUUGGAGGAAUACCUAUUGAUAUUAGACCUUCUUACGAGAUCAUAAAGGAUGCACAUUUAUC